UUUUUCCUACCGCUCUCUCGAGCUUUGGGAAUCAGAGGUAGCACAUGACAUGCAGUCAUGUGAUGACCUCCUGUCAGUACUUGCUGCCAGAUCAACCUAAGAAAGUGGUGGGAGGUUAGUUAAUGUUUAACAGCGGAGAGUAGACAUCCCUCCCUCCCCACUGUCCACUGCCUUAAUUAUCGGAUGGGAAGCCUGGACAGGACACAUCUUCAGAAACAUUCCUCCUGCAACAAACAACCAUCAGCGCAAUGAGUGAAGACACUCUGGAACAGUAUCGGCAGAGGUUCCGCUCGGAGCUGGACAGAGUGGUCGACUUCUGGCUGAAGUACUCCCUUGACAAACAGCAUGGUGGCUAUUUCACCUGUAUUGGGAAAGAUGGGAAAGUCUAUGAUGAGCUGAAGUACGUGUGGCUCCAGGGGAGACAGGUGUGGAUGUACUGUAGACUGUACCGCACCAUGGAGAGGUUUCGUAGGCCGGAAAUACUAGAAGCUGCCAAAGCAGGCGGGGCUUUCCUGCAGCGUUUCGCUCGUGUGCCUUCCUCGGGCAACCCGGGGAAGUGUGCCUUCUGCCUGACCCGAGACGGCCGCGCCGUGAAGGUGCAGAGGACCAUUUUCAGUGAGUGCUUCUACAUCAUGGCCAUGGACGAACUCGCCAGGGUCACUGGGGACCAGGACAUGCAGUCAGACGCUGAGAAGAUGAUGGACCAGCUGGUGCACUGGGUGAGGGUGGACCCGUCAGGUCUGGGUCGUCCCCAGAUGCCCGGCGACCCGCCCGUUAACAGCAUGGCAGUACCCAUGAUGCUCCUGUGCCUGGUGAACCAGCUGAGUGAGGGCCGACCGGCGACAGCACAGAAGUACAGCGAGGUGGGAGAUUGGAGCGUCCAGCAGAUCCUACAACAUGUCCAGAGAGAUGGAACGGCCAUUUUGGAAAACGUCUCGCCUGAAGGAAAAGAGCUGCCUGGUUGUCAGGGGCGACUGCAAAACCCAGGCCAUGCGCUGGAGGCUGGCUGGUUCCUGCUUCAGUACGCUCAGGAGCGGAGCGACAACCAGCUGCAGAGGACGGCCGUGGACAAGUUCAUGGAGGUGCCCUUCCUGUCUGGCUGGGACAAGGAGCACGGCGGCCUCUUCUACUUCCUGGAUGUGGACGGCCACUGUCCCACUCAGCUUGAGUGGAAUAUGAAGUUAUGGUGGCCGCACUGUGAGGCUCUGAUUGCCUACCUGAUGGCGUACACACACUCCAAAGAGCCAGCUCUGCUGGGGCGCUUUAGUCAGGUCUACGACUACACCUUCUCCCAUUUCUCGGAUCCAGAGCAUGGUGAGUGGUUUGGCUAUCUCAGUCAGGAAGGCAGCGUGGUGCUUGACUUCAAAGGAGGGCCCUUUAAAGGGUUCUUCCAUGUUCCUCGAUGUUUGUACAUGUGUGAGAGGCUGCUGGACAGUCUUCUAGAGAAACGCCAGGACUGAAGCUCUGGUGUCAUCCAUCUUCUAUGCAGCACUCCACUGCACAACAUCAGUGAUUUCAUUAUUUUUGAAUAAUUAUUUUGUGGUAUAAUACUGUGACCUAAUUGUUACUUACUCAUAUAAUGCACAGGGAACAGAUUACACAUGCCAGGACUGCACUUGAACUUUUGAAGGGAAAAGGGAAAAUUGUGAAUUUCAUAUGCCAUGGUAGCAUCACCCAUAAUCAGAGAUUGAUACAGCUAAACUGCACAGUGGCAAGUCACUACUGACAUAAGAAAAGUCAGGCAACUAAAAAUAUGCUCAUACUGUUUACAUUUUACCUGGCUGACUUUUUACAGUUUGUGAAAUUAGACAAACAAUCAAAAUAAUCUUGUUUGUAUAGUCAUGGGAAUAGUGGUAUGCUGACUUCCUGUGUUUACUCAGGAUGAGGUGGCCAUCUUGGAUAUGAUUCUCUUAAGGGUCUCUGCCUUAAUUACCUUAAUAAUGUUAGAAUGAAUUGUUUCACUGUCUAUGUAAUUGGUCUUAAGGGCCAUAAUGGGUCCAGCACUAAUUGGAAGAUCAUGUCUGUACUAAUCUGACUGUACAACCCUGUUCAUCCUCCAUCAUCAGAAUCACAUGUCUCUGCAUAUACACAUGUGGGUAAUAAGAACACUCCAUCACUUAAGCAGUUGAAGCCAGAAACUGCUUCCAUUUAUACUGUAUCUUUUACCAUUGUUAUUUUUUGACAAUAAAGUUGAAAUACUUGUCUUA